AUGACUACUGGAGCGAAAAAGUUGUCGUCAACCGUCUUGGAAAUGAAGUUCAUGCAACGAACUAAGAGGAAACUAGAAGCGAGGGAAAGGAAGAAACAAGAGGCCGAAAUGAAGAAGGAAUGCUUUGGGAACGAAGCCGACUCAUCACUUUCGGAAAAUAACAGGUUGGACUUCGAAUUUUCGAGAGACCUGACCGUUCUAGAAGGUCUGAAGUUCGGCAGAAUGUCUUUCAAAGGUUGCAACCCAGAAGUUGAGAAACUAAUGGUGUACUAUGAACGGAAAAUGAAUGGAGAUCUCUCCGAUACAGACUCUGACGACGAAAAGGAUAUAGGCGAUAUUGAAAUGGCCACGACGCUGCGUGGUGGAGCAAAAGCCAACCAAAAUAGGAUGCGAAAGGUACUUUUACGGUUUUUAUUUUCGAUUUUUCUUCAGCAACGGUGUGAAUUCUACAAAAUUUAUUUUGAAAAACUGAAAGUUCGCAUGGUUAUGAAACCAUAUGGGAACUUUUGA